UGAUCAGUUGUUGUAAAAAUGGCGUAAAAAUACAUAGACAACUAAUACUUGAACAAUGAACAUUUGAACUGUUAAAUGCAUAGUCGAUCAUUGGUGCUAUCUCUUAGACGUUUUAGCUGUAAACUGAGGACGCAAUCAGAGAAUCAGACUAUUCAAUUACAUAAUUUUUCGAUUACGGACGUAUUUGGACUAAAAAAAAAUAAUUGACAAAAUGGUGGUAAAAAUUAUCAUCAUCGGGGCUGGAGCUGGUGGUACAGCAGCAGCCGCUAGGCUUAGCAAAAAAGGAUUUCAAGUAGAAAUUUAUGAAAAAAAUUCAUAUAAUGGUGGAAGAUGUUCACUCAUUCAUCAAAAUGGACAUCGGUUUGAUCAAGGUCCAUCAUUGUAUUUGAUGCCUAAAAUAUUUGAAGAGACAUUUGAAGAUUUGGGAGAAGACAUUAAAAAUCACAUAGAGUUAUUGAAGUGUCCUUCUAAUUACAGCGUACAUUUUCACGACGGAGAAACAUUUGAACUCACUACAGAUAUAUCAAAAUUAUCUCGUUCUUUAGAAAAAUAUGAAGGUAAUGGUGAAUCAACAUUAAUUAACUUUUUGAGUUAUUUAAAGGAAACUCAUGUACACUAUCAGAGGAGCGUCAAAGUUGCACUCAAGACCGAUUACCAAAAUUGGUAUGAUUUAUUUAAUCCAAAACACAUACCGGACGUAAUAAAACUGCAUCUAUUGGACACUGUUUACAACAGAGUUUGUAAGUAUUUCAAGAGCGACUACAUGAGAAAGGCGUUUUCAUUCCAGACUAUGUACCUGGGAAUGUCACCAUAUGAUGGUUUAGCACCCUAUAGUUUACUGCAAUACACUGAAAUAGCGGAAGGGAUUUGGUAUCCGAAAGGAGGGUUUAACAAAGUCUUACAAAGUCUAGAAAAAAUUGCCGUACAAAAUGGGGCCAAGUUUAAUUAUAAUAUCGAUGUCCAAGAAAUAAUAGUUGAUGACAAUGGAGUGGCGAAAGGAAUCAAAUUGACAAACGGUGAUGUAAUAAAUAGUGACAUUGUAAUCUGUAAUGCAGAUCUCGUAUAUGCGUACAACAAACUUUUGCCAAAAACGUCAUACGCUGAAAAACUUGGUAAAAAAGAACUUACUUCUUCUUCGAUAUCAUUUUAUUGGUCCAUGAAAACUGUUGUAUCUCAAUUGAAAGUUCACAACAUUUUUUUGGCCGAAAAAUAUAAAGAAAGUUUUGAUCAAAUAUUCAAGGAUCAUACGUUGCCCGAUGAACCAUCGUUUUAUGUUAACGUACCCAGUCGCAUUGAUCCCACAGCUGCACCAGAAGGAAAAGACACUGUCAUAGUUUUAGUACCAGUAGGACAUGUAUCGAAUGUACCAAAUAUUGAUUUUGAUAAACUUGUGAAAAGAGCUAGGGAACAUGUAAUCAAAACGUUAGAAAAAAGAUUAAAGAUAUCCGACUUCAGAAGUAUGAUCGACCAUGAAAUAGUGAAUGAUCCGAGAACAUGGCAAAACGAAUUUAAUUUAUGGAAAGGAUCUAUACUGGGAUUAUCUCAUUCAUUAUCUCAGGUUUUAUGGUUCAGGCCCAGCUUAAAAUGUAAAAUAUUUGAAAACUUAUACUUUGUUGGUGCUUCGGCACAACCUGGUACUGGUGUACCAAUAGUUUUAUGUGGUGCAAAAAUGCUAGAAAAACAAUUAUGUGAUAGAUUUUUAGAAGGUAAAGUUAAAAUAAACACAUGGUCAAAGGGUGUUUCGUUUUCAAUUGGUAUCUUAGCAUUUUUGUUUUUUUUAGUUUCUUUUAUAUUUUUAUUAUAAACAGAGUAACACUCAUACUCACAUAUAUAUGUGACGGUGCAUACAUUUAAAGCUUAAUUAUUUUCUUAUUGUAACACUCUUAAACGAUUGUAAAGGCUUAACUUCAUAGCAGAAAAAUUCUAAUAGUUUUAAAAUUAAUAAUAUUUAUGUAUUUUAUAGAUAUACUAUUAUGUUAGUUUAGUAUUGUGUAAAAUAUUAUUAUUAAUGUUAUUGUUUAAUAUGCAUAAUUGUUCUAUACAUUGUAUAUUGUAAUAUAUUGUACUUUAUAAGA